AUAGAUAAUGGAUGGGGUGGAUGGAUAUAUAUGGAUAUAUAUGUUGGACUUUUUGCCUUUAUUCAAAGCAGUAGAGAGUGACAGGAAAGAAGGGAGAAGAAUGGAAAGAGACCUGCAGCAAAGGCUCAUGAGUGGGAGUCAAACCCACAACCGCUGCAUCAGGGAAGUACAGCUAGCUAACUGAAGCCCCUGUUUAUGGGUCGCCUGCUCAACUUGGUGAGCUAUAGGGGUACCCAUUCUUAUCUCUUUAAGUUUACUGAUGCCUGGCAAACAAUAGUAGCACCUUGUGAAAACACACAUGUACUAAAACGGAAGUUAGAUUGGGUGUGUGAUACAAAAGUGUUUUUAGAGUUACAAUGUACUUUUUUUAGGUUUAAAAAUGGCAAAGUUAAGAUUUGAUGUGGUUUAAAUUUAGUUUCGCCCAUACAGCUGCAUUUCAUGUACAAGUGUUUUAUAAAAAAUGUCUUUCUAUAAGUUCAUUAGUGGAGAUGUAUGAUGUCAUGGGCAGUCUCCAGAUAGCAGCGCUGUAUCAGACUACACCAUGCACUGUGAUGGUUCUGAUACAAUAACAACCCUUUUAUCACCUCAACAUUCAACUAACUUAAAUCUCAUUUAAUAAAGUGCUGUUGGGCUAGUGUGCUGUGUUGCACUCUGUAAAAAUGUCAACCUGUCGUUUUAACAAAACAGCAGUACAAUUAACAAAGAAACUAACAUAGAUAAAUGCAUUCCCUUUCUUGUCUGAGUUUUUAGUUUUAGAGUUAGAAAAACGGAAAUGUACUGAUGAGUCACCACUUCGCUCUUUUCUUCUACCUUUUAUGGUGAGCAGUGUAGGCACUUUGUGCAACACAAGCCUCUUUGUACAGGAAACAUUUGAAUUCCUCUUCAGUUUUGUUCAGCCAGCUUCCGAUAGUUGGUAGAUGUAUCACACACAUCAACCAAAUGAUCGUCUUUUUUAUAGGUAGUCACCUGAUUGUAUGAUGCUGCAAGGACUUUUGAAAUUUGAAAAUCAAAUAUUUUUUAAGUUGCAGUGGUUGCAUUAAUUAACCAAGAGUAUUAACCCAUUGUGUUGAGAUGUAUGUUGUGAAAUUGUAAACAUGAACUCAAUAACUGCAAUAGCAGCUUGUCAAGAUGUGGUACAACUAGUUGACAUGUUCUUCGCCCAACAGUAUCUUUAUUGAUUUUAGCAAGAACAAACAAACGUUUGUACAUGUGUACACAACAACAACAAUAUGACCUGUCCAGGUGAAACUGCCUUCACCCUGAGUCAGCUGGGAUAGACUCCAGCCCCCUGCAACCCCAGAGAGGGUUAAGCGGUAUAGAUGAUUGAUGGAUGGAUGACUGGUAGUAGUGUUCCCUCUUCUGGCAAACUGCCAGAGAACAUGGAUCAUUAUUUGCUGUUACUUCUGCUUCUGCCGCUGAGUAGAAAUGGGAUGUGUCAACAGGAGGAAGUCUGCUCAAAGUCAGUGAUCAACUCCUGCUCUGACUGCAUCAGAUCUGGGCCUUACUGCGCAUGGUGCCAGCAGCUGAAUUUCACCAAAGCAGGUGAACAGGAAGCAGUACGCUGUGACACCCAAGCUCAAUUGAUGGGAAGAGGUUGCAAGGAGGAAGAAAUUAUCUCCCCUGUAAACAGUUUAACCAUUAUGAAGGAAGAUCCCCUGUCUGUGUCAUUUGACCAUGGGGAACCAGUCCAGAUGAGUCCUCAGCAGAUAAACCUGAAACUGCGUCCUGGGCUUCCAACCACAUUCAGAGUUUCUUUUAGAAGAGCUGAGGGGUAUCCAGUGGAUCUCUACUACCUGAUGGACCUUUCUAAUUCCAUGAAAGAUGACUUGGCAAAUGUCAAAGAACUGGGGCAAGAUCUUUUUGCUGCCCUGAGUAAAAUCACUGAACGUGCUCAAAUAGGAUUUGGUGCCUUUGUUGACAAGACAGUCCUUCCUUACACCAACACCAACAAAGAAAAACUGGAGAGGCCAUGCGAUGAGAGUGACAACCAGUGCCAGGCUGCCUUUGGCUACAGACAUGUGCUUCGUAUGACACCACGCGAGGAUGAGUUCAAGAAAAAAGUGGCAGAACAGUUCAUUUCUGGGAACCUGGACUCUCCUGAAGGGAGUCUGGAUGCCAUGAUGCAGGCUGCUGUAUGUGGGAACAAAAUCGGCUGGCGGAACAGCAGCACUCGGCUGAUUGUGCUGACCACUGAUGCUGGAUUCCAUAUGGCUGGGGAUGGAAAAAUGGCUGGAAUACUGGAACCCAAUGAUGAACAGUGCCACAUGGAUAACAACCUUUACACCAAGAGCAAUGAGAUGGACUACCCAUCAGUUGGACAACUAGCUACGGCGCUGGAAAGAAACAAUAUUCAGCCCAUAUUUGCAGUGACAAAAAAUGUAGAGAGUGUCUACAAGGACCUCUCUAAAAUGAUUCCAAAAUCUGAAGUGGGAGUUCUGUCAUCAGAUUCUAAAAAUGUUGUUCAGUUGAUUGAAACUGCCUACAAUAGUUUGUCCUCGAAAGUAACUGUGACCCAUGACAAUCUUCCUGACAAUGUAAGAGUUGUCUACACCCCUAUAUGUGUGCAUGCAGGACCAGCAGGGGACAGGACAGGGGUUUGUGAUAAUGUGCGUGUGGGACAAAACAUUUCCUUUGAUGUCACUGUGACAGCAGACUCAUGUAUGGAGGAGAAGUCUUUCACCAUCAGACCACUGGGCAUCAAAGACACACUGACAGUGACCUUAUCUACCAAAUGUGAGUGUCUAUGUAAAGACCCGACAGACAAAGCCCAUCCACUCUGCAGCAACAGAGGAAGCGUCAACUGUGGUAUUUGCAGCUGCAUGGACGGUUACGUUGGUCAGACCUGUGAGUGCUCCCUAGGUAAUAAAGAUGAACACUCCCUGCGAGCAUCCUGUCAGAGGCAGAAUGACACUGAGUGUGAGGGUCGAGGAGACUGUGUGUGUGGCAGGUGCCAGUGCCACAGCACAAACCAAGGAAGCCGGUACCACGGCAAGUUCUGCGAAUGCGACGAUGAACACUGUGAGAACUACCAGAAUAAGCUGUGUGGAGGAAAUGGCGACUGCAAGUGUGGAGUAUGUAAAUGCUUUCCAGGCUUUGAGGGUUCUGCCUGUCAGUGCAAGGUGUCUGAGGAGGGCUGUCGUACCCCAAACAACACUGUGUGCUAUGGCAGAGGGGACUGCAAAUGCAACCGCUGUGAAUGUAAGGAUGGAUACCAACGGCCACAAUGCCAGACAUGCCUUGGCUGCCCAGACCCAUGCCAGACCAAACUGAACUGCAUUGAAUGCCUUGGCUUUGACUCUGGUCCCUUGAAAAAGAACUGUGCUGUGGCUUGUGGAGAGAACAUCAAUUAUAUGAUGGUUGACAACUUUGCCUUACCAGGCAAGGAGUGCCAGCAGAAGGACAGUGAGGGAUGCUGGAUUAAAUUUAAGCUGGAGCAGUUGUUUGGAGAGGAUAAUUACACGGCUGAAAUUCAGAAACAAAGAGACUGUCCAGAACCACCAAGUGUCACAGCUAUCAUCGCAGGGUCUCUUGCGGCUGUGGCUUUCAUUGGCAUUAUACUUCUGAUGCUAAUCAAGUUGCUCAUCUACAUGAAGGACCUGAAAGAGUUCAGGAAAUUUGAGAAUGAAAAGAAGAAAUCCAAGUGGGCAGAGGCUGACAACCCACUGUUCCAGAAUGCCACCACCACUGUGGCCAACCCUACCUUCACUGGGGAAUGAAGACUAACUCUGCAACACAGACAGAGGACAGUAAUUUAGUAAAUUUUUUAGGUAUGUCUGUUUGAUGAUAAUUACUCACGCAUUAUUUGCAAAUUACCUAUAUUUGCAGAUGUAUUUACUGGUAUUAAUGAUGGCUUGCUUGCUUUUUUUCGAUGAAUUGCUGUUACUGUCUGCACAUAGUCUUCAUAUAUACAUAUUUGCUUAUUGCUUAUGAUACUCAUGCAUGAAACAUCUGGCAGAAUGGCUCAUAACAUUUACGGCACGAGACUUUGUGUUACAGUAGAAUAUAAUGGCACACAUAUUUUGGAUGUAUCAUAGUAGAACAGCAGUACUUAAUUUAUAGUUGAAAGCACUGUUUUCUGUGGCAAAUAAUUUUAGUAAUUUUAAAAAAUAUUCAUUCUAAGCAUAUGUGUGUAAUAUCUAAUUUGAUUUGAAAGGAAAAUAAAUGAACAAUCACAAAAUGUAAUAUUUUUACAGUUUGUAUUUUUAGUGUCACAUAGGUAAAGCCUAAGCUGAAUUAACUGAUCUUUCUGUUCCAAAGACAAUAAAACUGAUGUUCACAAUG